GCUUUUUUUUUUUUUUAAUCAGGUAACGGAGGAUCAUGCCGACCCUGAAACGAUGCUCCUGUCCUUCCUCAGGGAAAAGUUGAGGUUAACCGGAGCCAAGUCCGGCUGUGGCGGCGGAGGCUGCGGGGCGUGCACGGUUAUGUUGUCCCGUUACCAGCGUGGCAACAAAACCAUUGUCCAUCGUUCUGUCAACGCCUGCCUCCUGCCAAUAUGUCAUCUCCACGGCGCCGCCAUCACCACCACAGAGGGCAUCGGCAGCACCAAGGCCAGGAUCCACCCCGUACAGGAGCGAAUCGCCAAAGCUCACGGCUCCCAGUGUGGCUUCUGCACUCCGGGGAUGGUGAUGUCCAUUUACACGCUGCUGAGGAACAAACCUCAACCCACCAUGGACGACAUCACUCAGGCCCUGGCGGGUAAUCUGUGUCGCUGCACUGGUUAUCGGCCCAUUAUCGACGGCUGCAGGACCUUCUGUCAGCAGGAAAACAACUGCUGCCAAAUUAAUGGAAACGGGAACUGUUGCCUGAACAAAGAAGAAAAAACUGAACCAGAACCUAGAACGCCGAAGUUGUUCGACGAGGCGGAUUUUCUGCCUCUGGAUCCGAGUCAGGAGCUGAUCUUCCCACCAGAGCUGAUCCUGAUGGCCGAGGGCGUCAGUCAGCAGGCGCUGGUGUUCCGUGGGGAGAGGACAACCUGGGUGUCCCCGGCCUCACUGGAGGAGUUGGUCCAGCUGAAGAACAGACACCCGGAGGCUCCGCUGGUGAUGGGCAACACCAACAUAGGUCCAGAGAUAAAGUUCAAAGGCGUCAUGCAUCCUCUGAUCAUAUCUCCGUCCAGAGUCCUGGAGCUGUUUGAGGUCAUUGACACGCCGUGCGGAGUUUGGAUUGGAGUGGGCUACAGCCUGUCUGAGGUUCAGUCGGUCUUGGAGAACCGGAUCCACCAGCUUCCAGAGGAGAAGACGGAGCUGUUCCGAGCCCUGAUCCAGCAGCUGCUGAACCUGGGGAGCCUGCAGAUCAGAAACGUUGCUUCUCUUGGAGGAAACAUCGCGAGUGCAUACCCGAACUCCGACCUGAAUCCGGUUCUGGCUGCAGGAAACUGUAAAGUGAGCGUCGUAUCACACCCAGUAGGAAGACGAGAGGUUCCCGUCAAUCAAGACUUCUUCGUCAGCUUUGGAAAGACCAUCUUGAAGCCAGACGAGAUUCUCGUGUCAGUCUUUAUUCCCUUCUCCAGAAAGGGGGAGUUUGUUCGUGCAUUCCGCCACGCACCCAGAAAGGAAAGCGCCUUUGCCACGGUGAAUACGGGGAUGAGGGUGUUUUUUGGCGAGGGAUCCAGAGUGGUGCAAGACAUCAGUAUUUAUUAUGGCGGUGUGGGAGCGACCACCGCGAACGCUGCCAAAACCUGUCAGGCCAUUGUUACAAGGCUGUGGGAUGAGGAGACCCUCAGUCGGGCCUACGAUGUCCUGCUGGAGGAGUUGGCUCUUCCUCCUUCAGCUCCUGGGGGAAAAGUGGUGUUCCGUCGCUCCCUGACUCUCAGCUUCCUCUUCAAAUUUAACCUGGAGGUCCUGCAGAAGCUCAGAGAAAUGAAUGUGAUCACAGAGGAGCUGCCUGAGGCAGCGUGGAUCCAACCAUUACCCAGAGAGAUCCAACCUGGCCUGCAGGACUUCCAGCGCGUGUCGGAGGACCAGCACCAUCAUGACCCCGUGGGACGUCCCAUCAUGCAUCGCUCUGCGCUCAGCCAGGCUACAGGCGAGGCAGUGUACUGCGACGACCUCCCCAAAAUAGACGGCGAGCUUUUCCUCGCAUUGGUGACCAGUUCCCGGCCGCACGCUAAAAUAACGGGGCUGGAUGUGAGUGCCGCGCUGCAGGUUUCAGGUGUUGUUGACAUUGUCACAGCCACAGAUAUUCCUGGAACAAAAGUCCAGCGGAUGUUCAAUUAUGACGAGGAGCUGCUCGCUGACACGGAGGUGUCAUGUGUUGGUCAGAUGAUCUGUGCGGUGCUCGCUGAUACCAAAGCUCACGCCAAACGAGGCGCCGCAGCUGUGAAAGUCAGCUACGAAGACCUGCCAGACCCGAUUUUCACCGCAGAGGAAGCGAUUAAGAAGUCGUCUUUUUUUCAGCCUCGGCGGAUCCUCGAACGAGGAAAUGUGACUGAAGCCUUUCAGGCCGUCGAUCACAUUCAUGAAGGUGAGGUUCGUCUCGGAGGUCAGGAGCAUUUCUACAUGGAGACCCAAAGCAUGCUGGUCGUACCUGUUGGUGAGGAGAAGGAGUUAAACGUUUACGUCUCCACUCAGUGGCCCACGCAUGUCCAGGAGGCGGUUGCAAAGACGCUGGAUAUUCCAUCCAAUAGAGUCACGUGUCAUGUCAAACGGGUGGGCGGAGCUUUUGGUGGUAAAAUCAUUAAAACAUCGAUUCUGGCUUCUAUCACUGCUGUGGCUGCUUUGAAGACUAACCGAGCUGUUCGCUGCAUACUCGAACGAGGUGACGACAUGCUGAUCACAGGAGGUCGUCAUCCGGUACUGGGAAAAUACAAGGUUGGCUUCAUGACUGACGGAAGGAUCCUGGCUGCAGAUAUCCAGUAUUACACCAAUGCUGGCAACUUUAUGGAUGAAUCUCUUCUGGUAAUUGAGAAAAUUCUUCUUCACAUGGACAACGCCUACAACAUCCCCCACCUUUGUGGUCGCAGCGCCGCCUGCAGAACCAACCUGCCCUCAAACACAGCAUUCAGGGGUUUUGGCGUUCCUCAGAGCUUGUUUGUUGUGGAGAACAUGAUCAAUGAUGUGGCCAUGGUGCUGAGACGCCCUGCAGACCAGGUUCAGGAGAUCAACAUGUACAAAGGGCCGUCACUCACCCACUACAAGCUUGAAUUUGAUGCGGAGAACUUGCUGCACUGCUGGGAGGAAUGCAAAACCAAGGCCAACUAUAACUCUCGGCGUGACGACAUUGACCAGUUUAACCGUCAGAACCGCUGGAAGAAGAGAGGGAUAUCCAUCAUCCCCAUUAAAUUCGGCAUUGGGUUUGCAGAGACCUUUUUAAAUCAGGGUGCUGCUCUGGUUCACAUCUACAAAGAUGGUUCUGUUCUGCUCACUCACGGUGGCACGGAGGUGGGUCAAGGAAUCCACACUAAAAUGCAACAGGUGGUGAGCCGGGAGCUUCAUAUCCCAUCCUCCAAAAUCUACAUCAGUGAAACCAGCACCAACACAGUUCCAAAUGCUUGUCCAUCUGCUGCCUCCUUUGGCACAGACGCUAACGGCAUGGCAGUGAAGGAUGCGUGUCAGACACUCUAUCAGCGCCUGGAACCAAUCAGGCAGAAGAACCCCAAAGGCUCAUGGGAAUGUUGGGUGAACGAUGCAUAUUCCCAAUGCAUCAGUUUGUCUGCGACUGGAUUCUACAGAGGUUAUGACACGUACAUGGACUGGGACCAGAUGACGGGUCGGCCUUAUGCGUACUUCGUGUACGGCGUGUGCUGCAGCGAGGUGGAGCUGGACGUCCUGACGGGAGACUACAGGUCGCUGAGGACAGACAUCAUGAUGGACAUCGGGAAAACCUUGAACCCGUGUGUGGACAUCGGCCAGAUUGAAGGUGCGUUCAUGCAGGGUUUGGGUCUCUACACUCUGGAGGAGUUGAAGUUUUCUUCUUCAGGGAUUCUGUACACUCGAGGUCCAUCGCAGUACAAGAUCCCGGCUGUUUGUGACGUGCCGCUUCGCUUUAAUGUCUACCUGCUGCCAGACUCCCAGAACCCCAACACCAUCUACUCCUCUAAGGGAAUCGGAGAACCGUCACUCUUCUUGGGCAGUUCCAUCUUCUUUGCCAUCAAAGACGCCGUGGCCGCGGCUCGCUCCGAUUCCGGUCUGGUUGGUCCCUUUUCCUUCAACAGUCCUGCAACAGCUGAAAGAAUUUGUCUGGCCUGUUCCUCCCCGUUCACGCAGAAGAUUCCGAUCAGCAAACCGGGAUCAUUUAAACCGUGGGCCCUCGACAUCUAACACAUUUUCACCAAUUUGUAACUAUAUUUAUGCAAGUUAUCAUGUAACAAACACAGAAACUACAUAAGUACUCCAAUUACACACUAAACAAGCACGUUACAGCUUAAAUUUUAACGUACAAAUCAGAAUUUGAUGUUUUUUUUCCACAAACUCUGUCUUCUAACCACCUUUUUUUUUCCUCAAAUGCUUUAUGACAUCAUUAACAUACAGAAAUCGUUUUCUGUUGUUGUCUGGUAGGGCCCUGUCCCACUGGGGAGAGGAUCAAUUGCACAUGAAUUGAGUACACAAAUUACAGGCAUUCGUGGUCGUCUGCAACAAAAAUGGCCGAAAAUGACAAAUGUCCCAGUAU